CGUUUGAUGCGACAGUGUUCGAUUGUGUUUACAGUGUACUCAAGGUAGGUUUUUGAGAGAUGGGGAAGGACUCUAAAUCGAAGGAAGCUAAGGGAAAAGGCAAACAAGCUGGAGGUGGAAGCGAUGAGAGUGCUUCAAAGGGUAAAGGGAAAGCUGGGAAGGGAGAUGGCCUUGGCACUUGCACUUAUGUUAAAGCGAGGCACAUCUUGUGUGAGAAGCAAGGGAAGAUAAAUGAAGCGUACAAGAAGCUGCAAGAUGGCUGGCUUAGCAAUGGUGAUAAAGUCCCACCGGCUGAAUUUGCAAAGAUAGCUCAAGAAUAUUCCGAAUGCCCCUCUGGGAAGAAAGGUGGAGAUUUAGGAUGGUUUCCAAGGGGUAAGAUGGCUGGUCCGUUUCAGGAGGUUGCCUUUAACACAGUCGUUGGAGCUACCAGUGCACCCUUCAAAUCAACUCACGGAUACCAUAUCAUCUUGUGUGAAGGAAGAAAGAAUUGAAGGAAGCGAGCGGAGAUACACUCAGGCAGUGAAUAUAAGCUUUAUGUUAUACAUACAAAAAUUUGUCUAGACAUGAAGUGUGCUAAGUUUGUCAUUUGAACCAAUGAUUUUUCGGAUUUAAAACUGGAUAGUGCUCGAAAUAUUGCCCGAGUGUUAUCUGUUGAAUAUUUGAUCCCAUUUCAUAUAUUAUGUUUUGAUGGUC